CGUGCGCCAAGGCGCGAACCCUAGCCGAGAUCAGAUCGGAGGCGAGCGCCACCACCGGCCGGAGGAAGAGGACGACACGAUGCUGCGGGUUGCGGGGAGAAGGCUCUCGUCUUCCCUCUCCUGGCGCCCCGCCGCGGCGGUAGCCAGGGGUCCCCUCGCCGGCGCUGGCGUCCCCGACCGGGACGACGACUCGGCUCGCGGACGGAGCCAUCCGCGGUUCUCCAUCGACUCCCCCUUCUUUGUCGCUUCCAGGGGUUUCUCUUCUACUGAAACAGUUGUCCCAAGGAACCAAGAUGCGGGCCUAGCUGACCUCCCAGCAACUGUGGCUGCUGUGAAGAAUCCUAACCCUAAGGUGGUUUAUGAUGAGUACAACCAUGAAAGAUAUCCUCCUGGAGAUCCCAGCAAGCGUGCCUUUGCAUACUUUGUCCUGAGUGGUGGGAGGUUCAUAUAUGCAUCACUGCUGCGUCUUCUCGUACUGAAGUUUGUCCUGAGCAUGUCAGCAAGCAAGGAUGUGCUUGCCCUUGCUUCACUUGAGGUGGACCUCUCCAGCAUCGAGCCAGGGACCACAGUGACCGUGAAGUGGCGUGGAAAGCCAGUCUUCAUCAGGCGUCGGACAGAGGAUGACAUCAAGCUUGCCAACAGUGUGGAUGUGGCAUCCCUGCGCCACCCAGAGCAGGAUGCAGAGCGUGUGAAGAACCCUGAGUGGCUGGUGGUCAUUGGCGUGUGCACGCACCUCGGCUGCAUCCCACUACCUAAUGCCGGAGACUUUGGCGGCUGGUUCUGCCCAUGCCAUGGUUCCCACUAUGACAUUUCCGGGAGGAUCCGCAAGGGCCCUGCGCCGUUCAACCUCGAGGUCCCUACCUACAGUUUCUUGGAGGAGAACAAACUGCUCGUAGGCUAAGAGCUCGAAAGCUACCUGUCUGUUUAUCUACUUCACUCAGGUGAAUCCCUGCUGUGCUGUUAUAUUGUUUCUUCCUAUGACAGUUUGGCUAGUGUUUUUUUUUUGCUCCACGAGGAUCAUUGCAAUUCCUUUAUGGUCGACUGUUAUAUGCCAAAGUGCGUUUUUCAAGUACAAAAUAAUGUGCUACUUUGCUGCUACUAAAAUGUAAGUUGGGAGUCAUUUGGAACUUCAGUUUUCUGAGAUACCGUAGGAAGGAUAUUAAUUACUUCCUCCGAAUUUAAUUUUAAGUCAUUCUAACUUUGUUAGAAUCAGAGC